AUGCGGUUUGCCAGGAAUCUUUCAAAAAGCGUUGAAUUCUUGGUGCCCGGAGAAAAUGACCGUCCUUGGUCGCCCCCAGAGGGGUAUCUGUGUUUGUACGAAUCAUUCUUCACUACGAGCGGGUUGUUGUUUCCGCUGCCCUGGAUAUUGAUCGAAUACUGUGCUCGGUGGGGCAUAGUCAUUUCUCAGCUUACCUGGGCUUCAAUCCGUAAUUUCGCGGUCUACCUUACCCUAGCUGCCGAGCAUGGGAUGGAAUGUAAUUGCGAUACUUUCGAGGCGAUGACCCAAUUGAAAUGGUUGAAGCCCUCAGGUCGCUUCUAUGUCUCGGCACGCCCCGGAUGUUCGUGUUUAGAUCCAAACUCCACAAGUGGCAAAUGUGACAAUUGGGAGUUCAAGUAUUUCUUUGUGAAGAUUGACGCGGCCUUGGUUGAAAACCCAAGAUGGGAAAUCCGGGCUGGCUGGAACGUUAUAAUCAGUAGGCUUACUACUUCAAUAAGUUUAAGCCUCAGCUUUUGGCCAGAAUUCUUUGAGCAGAGAAUCCAGAGGUGUCGAGAACAGAUUACGACAAGUUGUUUCACCCUCGAGCUCGCUCCGCUUAGACCGUACAUCUUUCCACCGAUCAAACCGAGGAAACCUCACCAAAAGAAGGAAAGAAGCAUGGUUAAGGCUAAGUAUAAGAGGAUUAAUUACUCUGACGUCGCUGAGGAGAGCCCUGCUCCGGGUAAGAAAACGGUCACAUCUGAGACGCGGACUGGUGUUGCAGUUGGGAAGCAAACCGGGGCGUCCGCUUCUGCUCAAGAGUGGUCCAAACAUGCCUCUUCUCAGGCCGAGAAGCCCAGUGAGGUUUCCCUUGCUGCAAAGAAAGCUGGGAAGCGCGUGGCAGACCCUCCCGCUAAAACUGUGAAGAAGGUUCCAGAGAAGGGGUUCGGAAAGAAAAUACCUUCUGAGGUCACUGUUGAGGGGUCGAAAAAGAAACAGCAUGUCGCGGGGUCGGCGCAGGAGACCGUGGCUGAGGAGGCUACCUUCGUGGGUUCUGAGGAGAAUCCGACUCCCUACGAUCUUAUGUUCGAUUUCAAAUCGACAGAUCAUAUCGCGAUAAUCCCGCACGCAUGUGCCGAGCUGUGCUCUAGGAUCCCGCACAGCAUGAAUUAUGAUUUUCCUGAGCCGGAAAGUUUGAUCGAAAAGCAUGCGUACCAGUUAUUCUUGGGGAGCGUAUUGGAGAUGAUUACUCAUGGGAACCUCAUAAUUGAGAAGUACGACCGUAAAACUCGGCGGCUACUGAAGAAGCUCGCAGAUUAUGAUGUUGCAAAGGCCGAGGCCGCGAAGGUUCCCGAACUUGAAAAAAAGAUUGCGGGGCAGAUUACUCUGAUGAAUGACCUCUCCAAACAGGCUGAAGAGGUGAGACAGAGGAGAAAGAUUGCCGAGGAGGAGCUCGAGUUUAUCAAGGCAAAGAAGGAGUCUCUGCAAGCUCUUCACGAGAAAGAGAUGGCUCGCCUACGGGCUUCUCGUAGGUACGAGGUUAAUCAGAUCAUCGCGAAGUGCGAUGCCAAGUUUUCCUGGAUUAAGAGAUUGAUCUUGGAUAACGAGGAGGCGGGCAGACUCAAUGCUUUGAUGAACCAGGCCAUGGCUAUCAAGGACUACCUUAUCGGUCUUCAGAAAGAUGGGACUGCGGUCUCAGAUGAUCAGUUUAAAUCCCUUGAGGAAAACUUUGAAAGGUUUGAGAAGGCUUUCGAAGCCUUGGAUGUCGAGGAAGUUACUGAUGAUGAUUUUAAGAUGACUCCUCCUCCUUUGAUGUCCACGAAUCUUCCUCAGAAUGAGACCGCACCUGCCUCUUUGAACCCUCAUCAGCUUGAGAUCAUAGCCCUCUUCGAUCAAUACGGGACUCUGAUGAGUGCGGAGCAACAAGCGCAAGAUCGAAUUAUGCAUGAGGGUGAUUUGGAAAAGGAGACCGUUGCCGGAGCGAAGGAUUUGGAAGCAGAAGCUGGGGAAAAAGAGGCUGCUGCUGUAGCGAAGGAUGCGGUCACUGGUGAGGAGCUUGGUCCCCUUGAUGGACUUCCCGUCAUCCCAUCAGCUCAACCUUAA